GUCAUUCAGCAGUAUACCUCGCGCGAACUCACUUUAGCCGAAGAUCGACUACCAGCGGUUAUAGGUAUCGCGGAGAGGAUGCGUGCUGUUUCUAAUAAUAAUUAUAUGACUGGGCUGUGGAAGUCGACCCUACUAAAAUCAUUGUUAUAG